AUGGCCGCCGAGAUGGACGAGGACGUGCCUUCGUCCAGCUUCGAAGCAUUCGCACAGGCGUACAGAACGGCUCGGAACUUGGAUGUAGGUGCGCAGCUUGACCCAGAGUCCGGCACGGCGCUUGUGUUUGCUGAUCUGUGCGCUGAGCGUACGCAGGCGACGUCACUGUCCUUGCCGCAUCUUCAAGAUCAUUAUACCGAGGAUGAUGCAGCCUGGGAAGCAGAAGAACAUACUUGGAAGCUCAUACAUGCAUUAUUUGCCGAACGCAAAUUGGAGUCGCGUUCAAGCACCAUACCACCAGCAUUGCAUGUGUAUGAAACACCUCUUGGCACCGUACAGCGUGUGCUACAGCAUAGUCCUGAGCUUUCUGAGCUUAAAAUUAUUCGAGAAUGGCUACAGGAUGUGCUGCCAGUGCGACACGCAGUCGAAGUACGGAAAGGAUACAUGCCGUUUACCAAGAAUGCUCUCCGAGCAGAGAAACGUGCACAAGUCAGCGGCAUGGCCUCUACGCGCUUGGGCCGAGAAAAGCUUGUGCAGCAUCUCGAUCCAGAUGCAGCAUCGCGUGGCCCAGGAACGUGGGACGUGGAAGACUUACACUAUGAAAAAGCGCUUGUACGUAGCCUGUUUGAGUACGUCCGAGCGGGCGAACUCGACAUGGCUCUAGACCUUUGCGCACAAACAAGCCAAUCAUGGCGUGCUGCCUCGCUCCGUGGCGCAAUUUUCUAUCAUGAUCCUUCGAUAUCGGAACCAAGAGAAGGUGUUGACGGGCCUCUAGGGAACCGAUCACGGAGUGCAUGGCGCCGCAUUGCCCGAAAAGCAGCACUCAACGUAUCUCUGGAUCGGUAUGAACGUGCCAUGUACGGUGCUUUGUGUGGCGACUUGUCUUCCGUGCUUGCUGUUAGUGAGUCGUGGGAAGAGCGUCUCUGGAGUUAUGUGAACGCCCGCUUUGAGCAGCAACUUGAGCAACUUGCUAUACAAAAUGCGCCCAAUGGUAAUGUGCAGCGUAUCGAGGAAAGCACGGCGGAGGCGACGGAGAGCCUAGAGUCUAUCUUUGAGCAGCUGGCUCAUGCCUCGCCCCAUGCAUCAACAGAGGCACUUGAUCCAUACCAUGUGGUACAGCGCGCUGUUAUCACAAAUAGUGUGCCUGAUUUAUUGGCACGUGUGAACGAGCGGCUUCCCGAGAUGCAACUCUUGGAGGACAAAGUAUACGCUCGCCUCAUUCGCUUUUUCGCGCACCUUGCGCUAUUCUGUCACCUCAUUCAUAUUCCUCUCCCCGUCUCUCUUCGAGCACCGAUUCUGAAUGCUUAUGUGAAUGUUCUACAGAACGCUGGCGAAGGCUGUGAGCUAGUGGCCCUGUACUCCUCAAGUCUCGAGCCAGACAAUGCACACCAAGUCUAUGCUGAAUUUUUGUGUGCGAUGGAUCCGGACACAUCGCUAGAAGACCGUCGGCACGCUCUUUUGCAGGUUCAGCCACAUGGUAUGGACCCGGCUGUUGUGGCGAGCAAGACUGUGGACCUUCUACUCGCUGAGCUUGUACCGGCCAUCGUGGACGAGGCGGAGAUACGUGAAUGGAAUGCGAAUCUGAGCAUGGAUGAGCGCCGCCUCAUCCUCUCUAUUGACUGGCUCACAUUCUUCGACGCAACAUUCCCUCAUGCGAUUUUGCAAACAAAUACAAUGAUGCGUGUAUUUAUGUCGACCGGCCGCUUGCACGCUGCCCACAGCCUACUCAAGCACUUACCAUCGGAGCUGCUUGGUGUCUUGAGCGAUGUCUCAGUGGCGCCAGAUCAAUUGAUUGAGCUAGAUCACUGGCGCAGUUACUUUGACGUGCUCAACAAAAAUGUGGCUGUCCGUGGCCUUUGGAGUGACGCAGCACUCGCCAACUCACAUACCGACUACCAUAACUGGGUCGAAGCACUCGCCCAAGCCUCGGAAUCAACGCGUCUUGCCUGCCUCGAACUGCUUGAACUGGGCUGGCUCCAAUUCGAUAUGGAAGACGACUCUCUACGCAGGGAGCAUCUCAUGUUCAUUCGGCGCAAGUAUAUCCCUGAAAUUGUUACGAGUUUGCAUCUCAUGCUUGUCGAUACGAGCCAGGUGCUUGCAGAAAAUCUCACGCAUGCACUGGCGCUACCGAAUCUCGUGGCCGAUGAGCGUCUUUGUCUGUACCUCGAGUUCUCUGAGCUAGCCUCUGGCUCCCCGGAGCCGCUCCAAAAAUACCUGGCUCAUGUCCGCGAGGCGGCAUUGGUGGCCCUGGACCGGCGACAAGAUGUGCUUGGGUGCAAUAAGACACCGUCGGUAUAG